AAGUUGAAAACUAAGUUGUACUCAAGUUUUACUAGUAAAUCACACUAUCUACCUUUCACUCCAUCACUGUCUAUCUCUAGGAUUAAUUGCAUCAUCAUGUAGUUGGUUGGAUCUCAGUUUUCCAAAAUUUGACUUUAUUUAUAAUCAGGAAACUCACAUCCACACUGAAAGUCUUCUUAAUUUAGUUCACAUUCUCUCUUUUUAACUAACAACUUCACUGGGUCUUCUUUUGUCCAGAAAGAGAGUUUCCAGAGUACUGAGCAUUUUUGAUCAUUUUUUGGAGAUGAGUAUUGGUUUUUCAAGUGUUCUUGAGUAGUGGGUUUCAUUUAUUUGAUUGGAAUUUUGAGUUCAUGAUCAAGAAAAUUGGAAGCAGAUUUUUUCUGUUGCAGGAGGAAGAGAAAUGAAGUAAAUUUAGUGGCGUACUGGAUAGAUUGGUUGAAUUGAUUGAUGUUACUCUGAUUUCUUGAUUUUUGAUAGGCAUGGAUUCCAGAGAAAUCAAGUCAACUACUCCAGUUGAAGAGGGGGGUUCAGACUCGCCCCUUCAUAGAAUCAUUCCUGUUGAUAUCCAUGGGAAGCCUAUUACUGAUUUGUCCAAAACUGGGGGUUGGGUGGCUACAUUCUUCAUUUUCGGGAAUGAGAUGGCAGAGAGAAUGGCUUAUUUCGGACUUGCGGUGAAUAUGGUGGUGUUUAUGUUUUCUGUCAUGCAUAUGCCGAUUUCUAGUUCGGCAAAUGCUGUGAAUAAUUUCCUGGGCAUAUCACAGGCUUCAUCUGUGCUUGGUAGCUUUCUUGCUGAUGCUUAUCUUGGGAGAUAUCGGACGAUAGCAAUCUUCACAACAAUCUAUCUUGUGGGGUUGACAGGAAUCACAUUAUGUGCCACUGUGAGUGUAUUUGUGCCAAAUCAAGAAGAUUGUGAUCAGCUGUCCCUACUGUUAGGCCACUGUAUGCCGGCAAAACCAUGGCAAAUGACGUACCUCUAUAUGGCCCUUUAUAUCACGGGAUUUGGAGCUGCAGGCAUUAGACCCUGUGUUUCUUCUUUUGGGGCCGAUCAAUUUGAUGAAAAUAGUAAAGAUUACAAGUCUCAUUUGGACAGGUUUUUCAAUUUCUUCUAUCUUUCUGUCACUGUUGGAGCAAUUGUAGCCUUCACUGCAAUAGUCUACAUCCAAAUGCAUCAUGGUUGGGGAGCUGCAUUUGCCUCCUUGGCCGUAGCGAUGGGUGUUUCAAAUGCAUUGUUCUUUAUUGGUACUCCAUUAUAUAGGCACAGGUUGCCUGGUGGCAGCCCUCUAACAAGGGUUGCUCAAGUUCUGGUUGCCGCCUUUAGGAAGCGGAAUGAAUCUUUCUCCGGUAGAGAGUUAGAGACUCUGUAUGAGAUUCCAGGAAAACACUCGGCCAUUAAGGGAAGCGCAAAGAUAACUCACACUGAUGAUUUUAGGUGUUUAGACAAGGCAGCCCUGCGACUACAAGAGGAUGGUACUGACCCAAAUCCUUGGAGGCUUUGCACAGUGACACAAGUAGAAGAAGUGAAGAUAUUAAUAAAACUUCUUCCGAUUCCAGCCUGCACCAUCAUGCUUAGUGUAAUUUUGACAGAGUUUUUGACUUUAUCUAUUCAACAAGCAUAUACUUUAAACACUCACAUGGGACGUUUAAAACUACCUGUUACAUGCAUGCCCGUCUUUCCUGGUCUUAGUAUCUUUCUCAUCUUAUCUCUCUAUUACUCGACAUUUGUCCCACUUUCACGCCGCAUCACAGGUCACCCACAUGGUGCUUCUCAGCUUCAACGAGUUGGCAUUGGUCUGGCAAUAUCAAUUUUAUGUGUGGCAUGGGCUGCCAUUUUCGAGCGGUACAGAAGAAACUACGCAAUUGAGAACGGUUACGAAGCUAGUUUCCUCACGCCUAUGCCCAACCUCACUGCAUACUGGUUGUUGAUCCAGUACUGUCUCCUCGGCAUAGCUGAAGUGUUUUGCAUAGUGGGACUCCUUGAGUUUCUGUAUCAAGAGGCUCCUGAUGCCAUGAGAAGUAUAGUAUCUGCUUAUGCAGCUGUUGCAGGGGGUUUAGGUUGCUUUGUAGCAACAAUAUUGAAUAACAUCAUCAAAUCUGCUACAGGAAACGAAGCGGAAGGGAAACCUACAUGGCUAUCUCAGAAUAUUAACACUGGUAGAUUGGAUAACUUGUAUUGGGUUCUCACAAUUCUGAGUUUCUUAAAUUUCUGUGUGUUUAUAUAUGCUGCAAAGAAGUACAAGUACAGGGAUGAGCAGACUGUUAAGCGGAGUGAGAGUGAUCUGCCAACAGUGGAUAAUCCGAUCAGAGCCUAGUGAGUAACUAGGAGAUUGAAUUUUGGUGUGGUAUUAACUGCAAUACAAUUUGUGUAAGCUGCUCACAGAAUGUUGCUUGUAACAAACUUUCGUCUUGCGUUACCAAAUACAAUUUCAGUUACAGAACAAAAAAAAAAUAGAGUAAACGCAUGUACUAACUACUAAAAAAGGUGCAAAUAUUCUGGUAUACAGAGCACGACCACAAAGCAGACUCUCUGAAAUUCGUCACUCAACUUCUCAAAGGACAGUCAAUAAUAUAACAGUGUUUACCGGCGAAGUCCAAAGCUUGUAAAGCUCGCGAAAGUCUUUUCCAUUGA